CCGUUAACCCUACCGCGUCUCUUUUCUGAAACUCCUCCCUACCCCGUUGAAGAACUAGAGAAGAGGAAGAGGAAGAGAGAGUAGAAAAAGAAUUGAAAAGAAUAAGAUUUUGAAAAAGAAAAGGAAAAGAAAAGUGGGCAAUGGGGAAACUGCUAUGUGAUUCGACCACCGUUGCGGAGACAUUUCAAAACUCAUCACCGAACCGUCCGUGGAGGGAUCCAAAGCCUUCUCCAGCUUCUCUAGAUGCAAUCGACGCCAUAGAUCUCGUUGACCAAACCACCACGACGACCACCGCUUGGGACGACGUUCAUGGAUUGGAGGACCAGCUGAAGCGCCACCUCCAGGGACUUCACGCCAAGGGGGUCCUCUGGAAGCGUCCCGAGGAUGAGUUGUCCUCGACCUCGGUCGUGUUCCGUCUGUCGCACGGAGGUGAGGUAUCGGCAGAUGGGAACUGCCUCUUCACGGCGUCGCAGAAGGCCAUGGCCGGGCCGGGGUCGGCGCGUGAGGUAGACGCGCGAGAGUUGCGGAGGCGUACGGCGAGUCGUUUUUUGGAGGAUUGCGGAUCUGCCACGACGGAGGAGAAGGAGGCCAUCGACGAGGUGAUUAGGCACAUGUACGCGCCCGAUCUGAAGAACGGGUGGGGGAUCCACGUGGUUCAGGAACUUAAGUUGCUGGCCAAGAAACCGGAUCGCUUGGCUUUGGAUUCCGCCAUUGACGAGCUGGUUCAGCUUGGCAUGCAAAGAGAGGUGGCGGCGGAGUCUAUUUACAAAGAGAGAUGUAUUCCGGUGAAUGAUGGCCCCAAUUGGGCCAAAUACAUGUCGAUCUCUGGUUCAUCUGAUGAUGAAUAUGAUAUCAUCACAUUGCAGUAUACUGAGGAGGGUCUAUUAUCUGUAGAUGAGAAUAGGGAAGGUCAUGCUGCAGCUUUCGGAGAUGAUAUAGCAAUAGAAUGUCUUGCAACGGAGUUCAAGAGGGAAAUAUACGUGGUGCAAGCACAUGGAUCAGAUGCUAUGGUUGAGGAAGAAAAUUGUGUAUUCUUCCUCCCACAUCGUCCUAGGAGUCAAAUUUGUGAACCUCCCUUUUUCCUUUUCAUGAAAGGAACAGGCUGGUGUGGUGCUGGAGCUGAUCACUAUGAGCCCCUGAUUGCCCAUCCUUCUUCGUAUGUUUCCCCGGAGAAGGUUGCAAUUGUUCUUUGAGGAUAUUAGUUCUACAGUUUUGUGGCUUAUAGGUUGAAUAGAAGUAGGUGUUCCAUUUAUUUAUUAUUUCUUCCGGUAAUGUUUCACAUACAAUCUAGUUCUCCCUGAUCCUUUUGGGUGGCAAGGAGAGUUUAAUUGCGUAGAAUUCAUUCUUGAGAGCAAUCGGCUGUCUUUGACUCUAACAAGCAGGUCUUAUACCUGCAAUUGAGCAACCUAUAGAGAUGUUUUUGCCGGCUUCUUUUUUAGUUGUUGUUGAGUGAGUUUUCUUAGUGUUUGUAUCGUCUAGGUUCCAGUUUUUACCUAGAAUGGAAUAGUGCCAUUGUGUUGUAUCUUAA